AUGAUUGGAAAUAGGGAUCUGGAGAGAGGAACAGCAACAAAGAGUAGAAAUCAGAGCUACCCACAGAGCUAUUAUGCGUCAGGAGGAACAUAUGAUGUGGGUUAUUCAGACAGCCAAUGGACUUCAUGGUUGGUGCCUAUGAUCGUUGUGGCGAAUGUUGCCAUGUUUGUGGUAAUCAUGUUUGUAAAUAAUUGCCCCAAGAAUCAUAAUGGGGUUCAAGGUGAAUGUGUGGCUAAGUUUCUUGGAAGACUUUCAUUUCAACCUCUCAGGGAAAAUCCCCUUUUUGGCCCUUCUUCAUCAACACUGGAAAAACUGGGAGCGCUAGAAUGGGACAAAAUAGUUCACCAAAAUCAAGCAUGGCGUCUAAUAACUUGUAUCUGGCUGCAUGCUGGUGUUAUCCAUUUACUUGCCAACAUGCUGAGCCUCGUUUUUAUUGGAAUUCGCCUUGAGCAGCAAUUUGGAUUUAUACGUGUCGGUUUUAUCUACCUCCUGUCUGGAAUUGGUGGGAGCAUACUCUCUGCCCUUUUUAUUCAAAGAAGUAUCUCCGUCGGAGCUUCUGGUGCUCUAUUUGGACUUCUUGGUGCAAUGCUAUCCGAGUUACUCACCAACUGGACUAUUUAUUCCAAUAAGGCGGCAGCUCUGAUUACUCUGGUGGUCAUUAUCGCAAUUAACUUGGCAGUCGGAAUUCUUCCACACGUCGACAACUUUGCUCAUAUUGGAGGUUUUUUGAGUGGUUUUCUCCUUGGCUUUUUAUUGCUGAUUCGUCCCCAAUUUGGUUGGCUGGAACGUCGGCAUCUUCCUGCCGAUACUCGCCUCAAGUCCAAGUAUACAGUUUACCAAUACGCUUUCUUGGUGUUUGCCGCAGUUUUAUUGAUUCUUGGGUUCACAGUAGGAUUGGUUAUGCUGUUUAAAGGAGAAAAUGCAAACAAACACUGUAGCUGGUGCCAUUAUCUAAGCUGUGUGCCUACAUCAAGAUGGAGCUGUAAUAAUUGA